AGUUUUGUUGAUCCAGUUUGGCGUUCUGACGGAGACAGUCGGCGAAAAUGGAGCAGCCACCGUCGCCGGGAACAAAGUCAGUGGAGCUUGGAGAAAGCAUUGAAUCUAUUUUACGGUUUACUCUGCGCUUUCAUUUGGACGAACCGCUUCCAAGUUUCGAUCUUGACUUGACCAGAGAUUUCUGCCUCCAUCUCCUGGAGGAAGAUACAGAUUCAACGGAAAAGCUUGCGUUGUACAAGCUUCUAGCAAGGGCUUUGUAUGAAUGUCUAACUUCCGAGGAGCAGGGAUUAUCUGUUGAUAAAAACUCUAACUUGGAAAAAUACAAAGAACUGUUUCAUGGCCUGGGACAUGACUUGGUAAAUAUGUUGCAGAAGGUAAACUUUGAGCUUCAUGUACAGGAGCCUUAUUUCACUCAACUGAAAGAUGGUAUGAAAACUGUUGAAGGAAGAUGUGCAGUAGGAGACUACAUGAGGAUUUGUUCAGGAGCUUUUAUUUUGUUCAAUAAAUGCUUGCUGCUUGAAGUUCAGGACGUUCGUCAUUAUACUUCAUUCUCAGAAAUGCUGAGAGUGGAGGGUCUUUCCAAAGUUCUUCCUGGAGUCGAGAGUAUAGAAGAAGGUGUUCGAGUUUACCGAAAUUUUUACCCUAAAGAGAAGGAGAGAAUGAACGGUGUUGUAGCAAUUCGUGUUGCUAAACCAGCUGAUCAGCCUUAUGCAGCUUUGGCAGGAGUAUUGUCUGAACUGAAGUCCAAUGGGAUCAAAAGUCUGUUGGAUGACUAUACAGGAAGAAAUACGAUGUAGCUGCACCUUUGAGAGCAGAGAAGCUAAUCAAUUCUAUGAAAAAGAACUGUUACCUAGAUCAAUGGUUUUAGAAUAUUUAGCUCGGAUGGUUUCAAA